AUGACCCAACCAGCAUGGACUGCACAAGCUAUUCAAAUGUUAUUUUCAUCAAUUCAAACACCUCAUCUAAUUUCAUUUCGUAUUGUUUUCUAUCAAGCAUCAUUAAUACCUUUUGAUUUCAUUCAAUUAAUUGAUAUUUUUAAUGAACGAUUACCUAAUUUAAAACGAUUCGAAUGUGAUAUUCUUUUAUCAAAAGGAGUAGAUACAAUCGAUUUGAAAACUAUUCGAGAACUACAUUCAUUUUUAUUUACUCAUUUGAAAUUUGAAACUCAAUUUAAUGGAAUGUUAAGAAUUUAUACAACUGAUUUCGAAGAUUAA